GUGGGGAAAGCGAGCGGGUGGGGGUAGUCAGUGUGUCCCAAACUGGAAAUCACUUCCAGAAAGCACGCACACACUCUAGGACUGAAGUUAGUCUCGGAAGCCGAUUGUUGCUUUUGAAACCCUCUCUGAAACUUGCGCGACUAUUUUCUCCGUCUUUUUUCUGCUGCUGUGCUGUUGCGCCGUUUCCACUCCACAUAGUUCGGAGAUUUGCUGGGAGCUGGAUUUGCGCAUCGGCCCUGGCUCUGUGCUCAUCUCGCUUCCACAGGGAACAAUGAAGUAGUAAAACUCGCAUCUCGUUGCACAGUUAAAUUAAUUUGUAUUGUCGUUUUAUUUCUCCGCUCGUUAAGAUGCGUCGGCUGCGUUAGGAUCCCCCGCUUGUUGACAAACAAUUUUGCAAGAAGUUUACAAAGAGCUCCAGGCACAGGAAGACAGAAAAUGUCCACACCGAGGUUCAAAAAGGACAAGGAAAUCAUUGCUGAGUAUGAGAGCCAAGUCAAAGAGAUCAGGGCCCAACUGGUGGAGCAGCAGAAGUGUCUGGAUCAGCAGACGGAAAUGCGAGUCCAGCUGCUGCAGGACCUUCAGGACUUCUUCAGAAAGAAGGCAGAAAUCGAAAUGGAAUACUCCAGAAACCUAGAGAGACUAGCCGAACGCUUUAUGGCAAAGACUCGGAGCACCAAGGAUCACCAGCAGUAUAAAAAAGACCAGAAUCUGCUGUCACCAGUCAACUGUUGGUACCUGCUGCUGAAUCAGGUCAGGAGGGAGAGUAAGGACCAUGCAACGCUGAGCGACAUCUACCUCAACAAUGUCAUCAUGAGGUUCAUGCAGAUCAGUGAGGACUCUACGCGUCUGCUCAAAAAGAGCAAAGAAAUAGCAUUCCAGCUGCAAGAAGAUUUAAUGAAAGUUCUAAAUGAGCUGUACACAGUGAUGAAGACCUACCACAUGUACCACUCAGAGAGCAUCAACGCUGAGAGCAAGCUGAAGGAAGCGGAGAAGCAGGAGGAGAAGCAAAUCGGAAGGGGCGAUCCUGUCUUCAGCAUACGAAUGGAGAAGAAGAUUGAGAAGAUAAAAGAAAAGCGUCAAGCCAAGUACUCUGAGAACAAGCUGAAGUCAAUCAAAGCGCGCAACGAGUACCUGCUGACCCUGGAAGCCACAAAUGCAUCCACUUUCAAAUACUACAUCCACGACUUGUCGGAUCUAAUUGAUUGCUGUGAUUUGGGCUACCAUGCCAGUCUGAAUCGCGCAUUACGGACCUACCUGUCAGCUGAAUACAACCUGGAAACCUCUCGCCACGAGGGCCUUGAUAUCAUCGAGAAUGCAGUGGACAGUCUGGACCCACGAAGUGACAGACAAAGGUUUAUGGAGCUGUUCCCCACGGCCUUCUGCCCACCUGCCAAAUUUGACUUUCAGCCUCACAUGGGGGACGAGGUGUGUCAGAUCUCAGUACAACCACCAGUGAACGGGGAGCUCAUCCAGAGGUUCCAGCAGCUGCAGUCUCGUCUGGCUACGCUGAAGAUUGAAAAUGAAGAGGUCAAAAAGACAUCAGAGGCCACUUUGACCACCAUCCAGGACAUGGUAACCAUUGAAGACUACGACGUGUCCGAAUGCUUCCAUCACAGCCGGUCCACCGAGUCUGUCAAGUCCACUGUGUCAGAGACGUACCUCAGCAAGCCCAGCAUUGCCAAGAGGAGGGCCAACCAACAGGAGACAGAGCAGUUCUACUUCAUGAAAUUCCGUGAGUUUCUGGAGGGCGACAAUCUCAUCACCAAACUUCAGGCCAAACACGACCUGCUUAAGAGGACGCUUGGCGACGGCCACAGAGCUGACUACAUGACCACAAGACAUCCCAAUGGGCUGUUCAAAACCCACACUGGCAACCGGCGGGCUAGACCCCGCUCUCUGUUUAAUGUUAGGUUAUUUAAUGGAAAUUUGGAGUCAUUUAUCAAGGACUCAGGCCAAGCUAUCCCCCGAGUGGUUGAAAGUUGCAUCCGCUACAUAAAUCUCUAUGGCCUGCAGCAUCAAGGGAUCUUUCGUGUUCCUGGAUCCCAGCUGGAGGUCAAUGACAUCAAGAACUCAUUUGAAAGAGGAAACGACCCUCUGGCCGACGAUGAGAACAAUCAUGACAUCAAUUCGGUGGCUGGAGUCCUGAAACUUUAUUUCCGUGGUUUGGAGAAUCCACUUUUCCCCAAAGAGAGGUUCAAUGAACUGAUGGCAUGCAUCAGGGUAGACAACCUGUAUGAGAGAUCACUGUACAUUCGUAAAAUCCUCCUGACCAUUCCCAGAUCAGUCCUUGUUGUGAUGCGCUACCUCUUCGCCUUCCUCAACCAUCUGUCCCAGUACAGUGAUGAGAACAUGAUGGACCCAUACAACUUGGCCAUAUGUUUCGGACCCACGCUCAUGCCCACACCUGACAGCCAAGACCAAGUCUCCUGCCAGGCCCAUGUAAACGAUAUCAUCAAGACCAUCAUCAUCCACCACGAGACCAUCUUUCCCGACGCCAAAGAGCUGGAGGGGCCCAUCUAUGAGAAGUGCAUGGCUGGGGGAGACUACUGUGAGAGCCCCUACAGCGAACACGGAGCCCUGGAGGAGGUGGACAAUGAGGGAGGGGCAGAGACACACACCAGUGAGGACGAGGGUGAGCCGAUUGAAGCCAUUGCCAAGUUUGACUAUGUUGGGCGCUCCUCUAGAGAGUUAUCCUUCAAGAAGGGAGCGUCCCUGCUGCUCUAUCAGAGAGCGUCUGACGACUGGUGGGAGGGAAGGCACAACGGCAUUGAUGGCCUGGUGCCACACCAGUACAUCGUAGUCCAGGACAUCGAUGACAACUUCUCAGACACCCUGAGUCAGAAGACAGACAGUGAAGCCAGCAGUGGUCAUGCUGCAGAGGAUAGAUGCUCAGGAAAGGAUGUCAGCUCACCAACUGAUGCCAGGAUUUCUGAAGCCUACAUCACUAGCAGGCACCGGAAAAGAUCCGACCCACCGUCUCGGCGGCCCCCCGCCCGUCCCAGCAACGUCCACUGCAUGCUGCAUUCCUCCCAGCAGGGACACAGCGGGACCCCAGAGAUGGGCUCUCCUGUUCUGGGCCACUUCAGCCCGCGGGACAUGCUGCGGAGUCAUAACCACAUGCCCAUGGACAGCCCCGAGCGACGGCGCCGCACGGGCCACGGCAGCCUCACAAACAUCAGCCGCCACGAAUCCCUGAAGAAGAUGGAGAGCCCGCCGAUCCGCCGCUCCACCUCUUCAGGCCAGUACACCGGUUUCACCGAUGGCCAUCAUCACCACAGUGGCAAGACCCUGGAUCCGGAGACCAUCGCACAGGACAUAGAGGAAACUAUGAACACUGCUUUGAACGAGCUGCGCGAGUUGGAGCGUCAGAGCUCAGCCAAGCACGCCCCUGACGUGGUGCUGGACACCCUGGAGCAGCGGCAAACCUCUGGGAGCAGCGGAGGAGGUGCAAUGCUGGAAACUUCUGGUGAGUCCCUGAGUCCCAUCCACGGUGUCAUGCUGAGGUCAGCCUCCAACACGGAGCCACCCAUCCGCCGCAGCGCUAGCUCUUCCAGCGAGGCCAUGAGCACCUUCAAGCCCAUGGUGGCACCACGCAUGGGGGUGCAGCUGAAGCCCCCCGCUUUGAGGCCCAAACCCAUGGUCAUGCCCAAGUCCAACCAGACCCCGCAGGCUCCCAAUGGGUCUACUCAGGACCCUCUGGACAAAUCCUGUACCAUGUAACCUCUGAGACAAAGCUGAACUGGAAACCCGUUUCCAUCGGGUUGGGAAAUUCUACCUGUGUCUUCAGUAAAAUACACGAGAAAAACAGAAGGGGACUCCGAUCUGAUCUGAGAGACCUUUGUAGGCUGUAGAUGCAAUGUAGACUUGAUUUGUAUCGAUAUUGUGUGAAGUUAUGCUUUAAAAUGCUUAGAAUAAUAUCUAAAAUGUUCUUUUAAAACCAACUGGAACGACAAAUCACAAUGGCUUCCUUGUUAGUUUAGCUGAAAGAAAUGGAAGAGCUCAGACGUGCGUGCAGCUUCUUGGUUCACCUGCAAACCACAGAGAGCUUGAAGAGAACUGGGGAAACCCCAAGGCUAAUACUGGGAGGGUGCUGGAAGGCGCUGAGAAUCGCUUCAAAGGCUUUACCGACUCGGCUAGACGCAACUGAAUUUCAAAUUUCAACAUUUUAAUGUUGCGGUGACAACCUGAGCGGAAAGUGUUUGAGGAUUGGACGUUUUGUGUGCCAGAAGAGUCCCAAACUGCAUAUUAAUGGUAGUCUAUUAGAAGAUCAAUGGUACUGACGCAUUUUGUUUUCUUUAUCCUAACGUGUGAGUCGCAGCUUUUGUUGGUAAGGCUUUCAAAUCAGGAUUUAUAAACAUCAACUCUUUACUGAUUACACCCAGACUAACUGUAGCGUGUUCUGUGAUGUCUGGAAAGAGAUAUGAUUGGGUAAAACCACUAAUUCAUUCUGAACUCCACAUUUCAAUGCAUUCUGCUGAAUCAGUACCCGAUAAUGUAUGUAUGUAUGUAUGUGUGUGUGCCUUUGUUUGAACAUUAGGGGGGAAACAAGUGUGAAGAACUACAACAAACAUGAUAUUUUACCAUGUGGACAUGCCAUAGCCGUCUGUAUGCCUUGCCUGUAUCUACCCAAAGAUAUGAGUGUAUAAGUUAAAGCAUGGAUGUUGACACUUCACAUUCACUGAUGUGUAUAGACUUAAUUAAGGUAGCAUCCUUUUGGCGUGCUGCCAGUAGCCAUGGACCAUAUGACUGUUCUUCAUCGUGUUCACUGUGCUUCUGAGAGGGUUUCUGACAACAGCGGUUUGCUUUUUAGUCUUUGCAGUCUGUUUUCUGUCCAGGUGAGCAUGCCACUUUGUGAUUUCAGACCCUCGUUAGGGCUGUCUGUGUGGAUCUUACUGCUUUCUGUGGAUGCAAACAACCCUUAGGAUACUGAAGAAGAUCAAAGACCCAACUGGGAGGAUGUGGCUCUAAUGUAGUGUUGUGUCAGACUUCCAGUUAUAAUAUUUCUCCUUUUUUAACCUCUAUUAUAAAAAAUGCAUGUCUUUGGAAUAUUUUUUCAUAUAAAAAUUGUGGGUUUGCAAUGAAUAAGCAAUGUUCUCACAGCAGGUUUACACCAUCUUUGACUUGAUGAAAAAGUGUGUAUAAAGAUCAAAAUGUUUAUUUCUGAAUUUACUAACGUUCAUUAUUUUUGUAAUCGGUUUUAUUUUUGUCGUGUUGCAGGGAAGAAAUCACUUAGAGCCUAAGAUGUACAAGAUUUAGCAUGAAGCCGGUUGUAUACAGGACCAUGGGCUUUAGUCACUAUGUACCAUCACCAAUAGGACUCUGUUAUGCUGUGUAGGCUUUAAGCUACGUUGUGGUGUUUUGUACAUCUGUUGUAUGUACUUGUGAAAGUGCCUUUGAAAAUGUUUUAGCAGAACUUCAGACAUUCUGUCCUGUUGCGUCUUCGUGGUAAAUGCAGUGUAGGACGUGUAAGACUGUGACAAUUUCCAAACAGUUUGAUGGCAGAAUAAAUUAUAACAGCUUACACCUUGUGACAUUGCACUUUUAUGUAUAUAACUGUAAAUACGGCAUGUAACAUCACAUUUAGAGGUUAUUCGGAGGAGUAUUUUUUUUUAAUAAAGGAAAUAGUUUGUUGAA